UCUGGCCCCUAGAUAGGUCAGCCAAGACAAAGGGCCGUGUGCAUGUGUGGCGCGUAGCCCUUUAUAAGUGCGAGGGGUGGGGGGAACAGCCAGGGCGAACAAAGAGCAAUUAAUGCGAUAGGAGGAGGGGGACUUUCUCCUCCGAUUUUCCCCACUUCCCCGAAUUUUCCAAUAGAGGCUGUUGUGAAACCUAAGACGCAGCAGCGGAUCAGCGGACGCAAUUCAAUGAGGUGCUUAUGAGCUAACUAGCAGCAGGACGGCAGCCAAGGAACACGGGGACGAGGUCUGGAUCAGCGAGCAGUGAGCCAGGAAUCACAGGCUAGAGGUCAGCGCAAACUGGAGAGCAGCAGGUGACCUAGUUUACGCAGUAGCAGAAGACGAUUAGAGGACUGGCGGCAGCGUUUCUGUGGCAACUCCUACUGGGGCUGUUCUGUUGUGUUAAUUGAACUUAGAGCAUCAACGUGCACUGCCAUUAGUUGUAACCUUAAUAUACCUACCUAACGUAAUUAGUGUACCAGUUCUGAUACGGAACAGCAUGUCCAACUCCCACUACAACAACUACCAGCAGCAGCAGCCGCACUCCAGCAACGGAGAUCCGGAGUACCAGCACCAGCAGAUGGUGCACCAGCCGCAACGGUUCUCCAACGGCCAUGGCAUGAAGAGCGUCGCUGUGCCAGACAUGUGCCUGUUCUGCUUCGAGGUGCUUGACUGUGAGCUGAACAACGUCGAUGGUCCAUCGGUGCCGGUGUUUAGCAACGACGCCUACCCACUCUUUGUCACCUGGAAGAUUGGGCGCGACAAGAGGCUGCGUGGCUGCAUUGGUACUUUUAGUGCAAUGGAACUGCACCAUGGUCUUCGGGAGUACGCCUUGACCAGCGCCUUUAAGGACUCUAGAUUUGCACCUAUCUCUAGGGAUGAGUUGCCACGGCUAACUGUCUCGGUCUCGAUCCUGCAGAACUUCGAGGAGGCUCAGGGCCACCUGGACUGGCAGCUAGGCGUCCAUGGCAUCCGCAUCGAGUUCCUCACAGAACGCGGCUGCAAACGCACAGCCACCUAUUUGCCGCAGGUGGCCACCGAACAGGGCUGGGACCAGCUGCAGACCAUUGACUCACUCCUACGGAAGGGCGGCUAUCGGGCUGCCAUAACUCCGGAGACGAGGAAGUCCAUCAAGCUAACGCGCUACCGUUCGCAGGAGAUCCAGAUGCACUACAAGGAGUACCGCGAGUACCAGGAGCGUCGCGCCCAGUUCGGCAAAGUGCAGUGCUAACAAUUGGACAGGACGGCGGCGAGGCGAUGAUCCUGGCUGAGGGCAGGCCUGAUGGCCGUCGUCCUCCUGCUGCUGCUAGCUUUUGAGUUCGGCCCAGCUUGGCGGCCGCUCGCUUAAUCAGAGUUAUGAGUUAUUAUAUCUCCAGCAUUAAUUUUAAGCCCUCCAAAUUCUCCAAAAACGCGCGUGAGAUGAGCGUCUUUUACUAAAUAUACCAUUUAAUGCUUCAAAUACUUAAGCGGCGAUCCGUAAUCUAUUUUGAAUGAGAAACAGAAAAUAUUGUAAACGCUAUGUUGAAACCCAUUGUAUUCGGAUAUACCGAUCGAUGUUGUAGCCGCAGCCUUGCUGGUUUCUCUUUAAAUCAAACACACACAAACUAAAACAAAACAAGCAUAUAUAUGGGGAUAUAUAUUACCGAAUCAAUACAAUACAAAAUGCAGAUAUAUAAUUCACGUAAAAUGUUCAGAAAUUAUAUUAUAGAUUUAACAACUAAACCAAUUACAUUACUAAUUCUAAUUCUAUGCGCAUUAAAUAAAGGUCGACCCCUUCUGAGUCGCACAAGACAAUGCAAAAUUA